AUGUCAACAGUCGGAAAAGGAAAAGGAAGCAGAGGAAAGGCAGCAAGCGCAACUAAGACUUCAAGAUCCCAAAAAGCAGGACUUCAAUUCCCAGUUGGUCGUAUUUCAAGAUUCAUGAAACACGGAAAAUACGCUGAGAGAGUUGGAGCAGGAGCACCAGUUUAUCUUGCAGCUGUUCUUGAAUACUUAUCCCAGCCAUCAUCUUAUUAAAAAAAUAGGAAAUUAUUAAAGAAAAUUUAUCUCAAUUUGCUUAGACCUAUUUUCUGUAUUUUUAUUAACUCCUCUCCAAGAUUGGACAAAAUUUUUUUGUCCACUUAUGGAUAGGGAUUGAUUUCUUUUAUAAUUUUUUAUAGUAAAAAUUGCUUUUUCGAAAUUUAAAACAAAAUUUUAAAGUGAAACAUUAAUUUAAGUAAAAUAAAUAUUCUGAAAUGCAAGUUGUUUAAAUUUAACAGAAUUAGCUAGCCUCCCUCCGUGAGCGAACAAAAAAAAUUUUGUUCGCGCACGGAGAGUUGCUUAUUUAUUUUUUUUUAAAAUUUAUGUCUUAAAAUGGAGUUGUUUAAAAUUAAACAGAAUUAGCUAGAGAUUUUGUUAUAAUAAUUAUCAUUUGUAUAUCAAAAAUUUUUUUUCAUAAAAUUUUUUUAUAUAAAAAAAUUUUUGCUCGCUCAAGGGGGGUAAGAGAUUUCGUUAUAAUAAUUAUAACUUAUAUAUCAAGUAUGUUUUAUAACAAAUUUUUAUAUCAAAACAAUUUUUGUUCAUUCACACACGGAGGAUAGGCUUUUAGUAAAAGAAUAGAGAUUUUUCCAACAGCUUUGUUCCCUCACAUGGAGUAAGAAAAAUUAUUUUUAUUAGGCUGGUUAGCUGCAGAAGUCUUAGAACUUGCAGGAAAUGCCGCAAAAGACUAAGAUGCGGUAUGAUGUCAAUUUACUUUUUUAUUUUUUUUAAUUAAAAUUUUAUUCUUUGAAUAUGACGAAUAUUUUUAAAUUAUUUCAAAAUUUAAGCCAUUGACUAUAACUGCCACCUUACAAGAAGACUAGAAUUGUCCCAAGACACAUUCAAUUAGCAAUCAGAAACGACGAAGAACUUAACAGACUUAUGUCUAACGCAAUCAUAGCUAGCGGUGGGGCAGUACCAUUCAUUCACCAAGCCUUACUACCUGCACCAGACAAAAACGAUAAAGAAGGAGGAGCAACCCAAGAAUUAUAA